AUGCGUUACUCCACCCUCUUUACACUUGCCAGUGGCGCUGCUGCUCAGUUCCGCGGCUUCAACUAUGGAAACCUCGACUUGGACGGCUCGCCACGAACACAACAGGACUUUGAAAACCAGUUCAAAGCCGCCAAAGCUCUUCCUGGCACGGAUGGGAAAUUCACCGCCGCUCGUCUCUUCACCAUGAUCCAGGCCGGCACAUCGGGAGACCUCAUUUCCGCUAUUCAAGCCGCUGUGGAUACCGACACCACUCUUUUGUUGGGAUUGUGGGGAAGUGCUGGACAACAGGCCUUUGAUCUGGAGUUGGCCGCUCUGCAAUUCGCCAUCGACAACUUUGGUGAGGAGCUUGGCUCUCGUGUUGCUGGUAUUUCCAUUGGCUCCGAAGAUCUUUACCGAAACUCGCCGACUGGCAUCAAAAACAAGAGCGGCGCUGGUGCGGAUCCCGAGCAGCUGGUCAGCUACAUUAGACAGGUCAGGGAGUUGAUUGAAGGAACUGCCCUUUCCGAGGCGAGCUUGGGCCACGUUGAUACUUGGACUGCAUGGGUCAAUGGCUCCAACAGUKCCGUCGUCGAAGCCGUCGAUUGGGUCGGUACAGACGCAUACCCUUACUUCCAAACCGAGGAGGCCAACAGUGUUGAUGCCGGUGCGGACCUCUUCUUUUCCGCCUACGAUGCUGUCGUGGGUGCCUCUCAAGGAAAGCCCGUGUGGGUGACCGAGACCGGUUGGCCCGUAAAAGGACCCAAGAGCAACGAGGCGGAGACUGGAACAUCCGAAGCCAAGCAGUACUGGGAUGCCGUCUCUUGCCGUCUCCAAUCCAUGGAUGUUAACUUCUGGUGGUWCACUCUCGAUGACGACCAAGCCACAUCAGACGACGUAUCCUUCUCCCUCGUCAGCCCCUCCGAUCUCUUCGGCGAACCACUCUUCGAUCUCUCCUGCGACGCCCAAUCUUCCUCCUCCUCCUCCUCUUCUUCCAAAAUAGCUUCCUCAACAGCAGCCUCUUCCAAACAAUCAACCGGCACAUCCUCGCCCACAACUCUAACAAUGGCCGUACCAAUCUACAGCACCCCCUCAGGUUCUCGCCCAGCAACUCUCACUCCGAUUUCCACUUCCAUGCUCACAACUGUCAUUUCCGAAGACGUUACUGUUUCCACUGCUGCUGCUGGCCCGCUCGCUACUGGAUAUUCUCCUGGAACAACGGCCGGUGGAAAUGAUACUGUUAUUCAGGGUCUGCCCUCUGCUCCUACUAGUUCUAUGCCUGUUACUUUUGAUGGUGGUGCGGUGCGUGCGGGAAGUGUGGGUGGUUUCGCUGCUUUUGUUGCUGGUUUUGCUGCUUGGGUUUUGUAG